AUGGAUUCAAGUUUAGUGUGGUUGGGUCUGUUUACAUUGGGAGUGGUAGGGAGUGUUUUGUGGUGGUGGAAUGAGCUCUGGUACGUUGUUCCUCUUAGAAUCAAGUGUUCAGCUUCUGGCACCAAGUUGCCACCAGGCCACAUGGGCUUCCCUUUCAUUGGAGAUAUGAUCAGCUUCCUAUGGUACUUCAAAUUUCUUCGACGCCCAGAUGACUUUAUCAACUCUAAACGACACAAAUAUGGCGAUGGAGAAGGCAUGUUCAGGACGCACCUCUUUGGGUCACCAUCCAUAAUUGUAUACACACCACAAUUGAAUAAAUAUGUGCUUCAUUCAGCGGACAAGUUCGUAGACGAAUGGCCAUCUGUUGAACUCAUGGGCAGAACUUCCAUGGGGGCUGUCCAUGGGAAGUCCCACGCGCGGCUUCGCAACUUUGUCACCAAUGCUAUCAACCGGCCUGAGGCUCUACGCCGUAUCGCUCUUCUUGUCCAACCUGGCAUGGUCAAUACUCUUCAAUCCUGGGCACAAAUGGGUAAAAUCAAAGCCAAGUUUGAAACUCAAAAGCUGACAUUUGAAAACAUUGGAAAAUUAUUUGUGAGCAUGGAGCCAGGUCCACAUCUACAUUCAUUGGAUAAGCUUUUUCAAGGCAUACUUCCAGGAAUGAGAGCCUACCCAAUCAAUUUGCCUGGUUUUCCUUACCACCAUGCUUUUCAGUGUAGAAAGAAGCUUGAGGACUUUUUCUGGAUGGAGUUAGAUAAGAGAAAGAACAAACGUAGGGUUGAAAAAACUGAUCUAAUGGACGGAUUGAUGCAAAUAGAAGAUGAUGAAGGUAACAGAUUGAGUGACAGAGAAGUGGUAGACAACAUUGUUUCUCUAGUGGCUGGUGGAUAUGUGUCUACUGCCCUUGUAUCAAUGUGGGCUAUUUACCUUCUUGCUAAGAAUCCAAAUGUGCUCAGAAAGCUAAGGGAAGAGAACAUGGCUUUCAAAGAGAAAAGUCCGGGGGAUUUUAUCACAACUGAAGAUAUUUCAAAUUUAAAAUACACAAAAAAGGUCGUUGAAGAAGCACUAAGAAUGGCCAAUGUUGCGGCAUUUACUUUCAGAAAAGUUGACAAAGAAAUUGAUUACAAAGGUUAUAAGAUACCAAAGGGAUGGAAAGUAAUUGUCUUGUUUCGGUACAUUCAUACAAGCGCAGAGAACUUUGAGGAUCCCAUGUAUUUUAACCCUGAUAGAUGGAAUGAGCCUGCAAAGCCUGGAACUUACCUAGUCUUCGGCUCUGGACCAAGACUAUGCCCUGGAAACACGCUUGCCAGAAUUCAACUCGCACUUCUGCUUCAUCACUUGUCCAUAGGAUAUAAGUGGGAACUCCUCAACCCAAACGAAGAUAUAAUUUAUCUUUCCCAUCCAGCACCUGGUGAUGGGGUCGAGAUUAAGUUCAGCAAAUUGUAA